AUGCCCCAUGGUUUCGAUAAGCUCCUUCACCACGAACCUCAAUCAUCACCUUCACCACCACCCCGACGAAAAUCGACCCAGUCUCGCUAUCACCUUCAUAUCCGUCAACAACCCCUCGCGGCACGAGCAUGCGGCGCAGGCGACCGAGACCGCCGCCCAGUCGACCCACCCCCAAUCGUGCAAAUCCUCCUCUCAGACUUCGAUCCCGAGUCCCAAGAUGACCGGGACAUUUUACAAGACCCGCGUUUUACAGUGGGUUGCUUACUAUUCCCCGUAUCAGACUCAUCCAACCCAACCCAAGACGAUCAAGACCCAGAAAGAGAAAGUGACGGGGUGGCCCGCGCAGACGACGACUUUUCCACCCCCCUUCUCUCAGGCAAAGCCUUCAUGUCCCCCUUCUACGUCGAGGCAGACCCUGAUCCGAACUCCGCACCUACACAUCCCUCUCUCGAAUACUCUCAAAGCCCCUCCGAACUCGCUGGACCCAGUAACCUACGCAAUGCAUCAAAACUUCACCAACCCGCUACAUUCUUCAUUUUCGUUGAUCUUUCCAUCCGCUCGGCGGGCACAUACCGACUACAGUUCAGACUUAUGAAUUGGGGAUCUGUGGAGGAUACGGGCCAGUCGAUGCCUAUCCUUGCAGAGGCAUGGUCGGAUCCAUUCCGUGUAUAUCCGGCGAAAGACUUUCCAGGGAUGCAAGACUCUUCAAUCUUGGCAGAGGGAUUGAAGGAGUUGGGCUUCGUGGAAUUGAAGACGAGGGGGAAGGGCAAGGGAAAGGGGAGAAAAAGGCAUGGAAUGGAAUAA